UAGCCAGGAAAUUGAACAGGGAACUACGAAAAAAUAAAUUCCUGUAUGUACCCUACCAUUGGCGAACGUCUUUAGAUCGAACCAAUCGGAUUUUCCAGGUUCUGCAAUUAGCAGCAAUUAGUACGCAAAAAAUAGUAGUAAUGGCGGCAAAUAAAAGUGUUACAGUUUUGACACCAAAUGGGCGCCGACAAAACGUUCGAGUCACUCCAGACACUACUAUUUUACAAGUGAUCGAAGAAGUAUGCCAAAAACAUGGAUUUAACUCUGAAGAGUAUGAUGCCAAACAUUACAAUCGAAUAUUGGAUGCUGAUACAAGCUUUCGAUUUACGGGUCUAUCAAACAAUGCUCAGUUGGAAAUGGUACUUCGUUCUAAACCCAGAUCUGUAUCCAAUGUGACUUUAUGCAUUCAACUAGAAAAUGGUGAACGUGUUACUGGACAAUUUUCUCCUGGUAUAAGUUUGAAUCAAAUUCUUAAGGAAUUGUGUUUGGAUCAGACUUUGGAUACUGCCAUAUUAGUUUAUACACAUCGGGAGAUUUAUGGCCAAGAAUUGGACAAAACGACGUUGAGAUUGUUGGGACUCAACCGUGGUAGAGCAAUGAUGAGAUUGAUUCAUCGUCAUCCAGACCAAUUAAAAACUCAAGCAAAUGUUUGCACACCAUUACAUCGAAAGUCUUCAGAAGGUAACACUAAUUCUCAGAGUGAAAUUCCUUUAAAUUUACCAUCUACGUCAGAAUGCAACAUUAAUAAUCCAGUAAAUCACUCAACCACUGAAAACGUGCAAGCGAAUGUAGCAACCAGCCAAUCAACAGGAAGGUCUGUGGAGCCUGCACAAAAUACAGUACACGAAAAUCAACUAACCGUAAGCUCUCAGGAUGUAGCUCAAGAGAAGAUUGAAGAACCUGGUCCAGUUAUACAGCCAGUUCAAGAUGUUGAAACUUCAAGUUCAACAAAUCCUGUCAUUUCCACAGUGGGUGAUGCAGAUCAAUCUUACUUACCUGCAACCGAAGACAUGGAAAUUGGAAAUGCAAAAUUUUUGGGCGAACGAAAUGCUCUGGUAUUCAAUCAGGCAGAUGCUCGAGCUAUACCACAUGAUGAAUUACCAUCCAGUUUUUUUGAGCUAACGGUUGACGACGUAAGAUUAUUAUGGCGUGACGCAAAACGUCGAAGAGAGGAACUAGAAGAAACACCACUUGCAAUUUCUGCUCAUCGGCAACUACAAGAGGAUAAGAAUACCUUGAAUCAAUUGAACAAGUAUCGUCGAACAGUUAUCAGGAUACAGUUUCCAAAUCAAAUGGUGCUCCAAGGGCUCUUUGGGCCAUUGGAGACUAUUCAGGCGAUUAUUGAUUUUGUAAAAAUUUACUUAAGUGAUCCAGACAGCGAAUUUGUAUUGUAUACAACUCCACCAAAAAAGGUAUUGAGUCCAAGCAGCAGACUCAUAGAGGAACAUCUUGUUCCAUCUGCCAUAAUUCACUACUCGGGACAAUCGGAUCUGAAGACAGAAGUAAAGAUGAAAUUGACGGAUCCUGCAACUGCUAGUAUUCAAGCUAUAAAGUCCAAAAUGGAAUUGGAACGUAAAAGCCCAUCUACAUCUAAUGAUUCAUCAGAGAUAAUGAGUGAUGCUAAAGAAACAAAUGGAAGUAGUACAGCGAUGCAGGAACCUGCUCCAGGACCAAGUACAACUUCGGUGCCUUCCAGACCAGCUCGUCAGAGUAAAACUGAAGUUCCAAAAUGGUUUCGAGGACCAUCUGCACGCUAAUUAAUGAAAGCACAAACGAGGAAAUUGAGACAGGAAAACUGAUCACUGUUAUGUUUUAUAUUAUAAAUCAACCGAAAUAUAAUUAAACUCUCAUCUA